GUAUCCUUAAGGGCGUUCACAACAAUACCCCAGGUCCCCUACGUUUCCUACGCGAGGCGCAGAGCUCCGGAAUUUCUAGAUCAGUGUGUCGUGUUUAAAGGGCAAACGAUACGCUUCGUCACGAGAGCAAUUGAGCGAUUCAAUUUAUAUACAUGUAUAAUGGCGCGUUACCCUUUUUCUCACUUGCGUCUGGUUAAGUGAGUCCUCACGUUACAUCCAAACGAUGACAUUGAGGCCCCGUUGCUUCGAAGAGGAAGACUGAAAAUCACACGCAUCAUCACAGUCAUCAUCUCGUGAUACGUAACACGUAUGUGAACGUAAGCAGGCGUUCCUGCGUGCGCGUGUACGGUACACGUCGAAAAAUUCCUGAUCCAACUACGAUCAGUUCGGGCUAAGCUCCAUCCUUAGGAACUGUCCCGGGAACUGUCUCGGUUAAGCGGGUGAUCGUGCUAGGGAAACGCGGGGUUAAUUGCGACGAUUAAUUGGCGAUCGCUCGGCACCUGCAGGACAGGAGACGCAUGCUGGGAAUUGUCGCUCGUCCUCAACGUACCUUCCUCUAACCGACCGACUCCAGCGUCGAUCUUCAUGCAUGUAAGUAGACUAUGACAGCGAUGGAUUCCGAUUCUGAGAGUCAAGAUAGCGAUGACGGACGGCGAUUUCGUUUCGAGGCUACGCGCAAGGAUCCGAUCGUGCCUGUGGAUAUCACAGAUCGCAUAAAAUCGCCUAAGAAGCACAGGUCAUCUCGCAACGAAAACUAUCGAGAUCGGAAGGAACGUUCUAAAUACGAAAGCAAUAGCAAAACGGAUGACAGAGAUUUUAGAUACUCCGCGAAACAUUCGAGGCAUGAGUCGAGGAACUCGAGGCAGGAGGAUAACAAAAAUUUGCACAAGGAUUAUAAGGAAGAUAGGGACGCAUCCGCUGGAUCCGCCACGAAUGACAGAGGCUCUAGAAAUUCUAAUGGGAGCGAUGUAAAGGAAAGAUUGCGUGACUCGAAACGACAAUUCGACAAAGAUCGAAACGUCCAUCGGGCGCAACGAUCGCAAGAACAUUCGUACGAGAGAAACUAUCAUGAUGAGCGAGGAUCAAGCGACAAGUACAGAAGUCGAUAUCACGAAAGAUACAAACAUCGUUCUCGUGACAGGAGUCGGGACAGAUCUUAUCAGUCGAGUAGAGCCAAAUUCUCGAACGACGAUCAUCGAUCUCGAGAAGAUCACGGGAGAUACGAAUCCUCUAGGAAAAUAUCCGCGAAAGAGAACAAGUCGCAGAAUUCAAGGGAACAUUCCUCGCCUAAGAAUACUGAGCGAGAGCGCAGUCACAGUGAGACUCGUUCGAGCGAAAAUGCUAAACAGGAUUCGUCUAUAGAGGCUCAAAAGGGCUUAGAUCUGUCACAAUUUGACGUUCUCUCAGAGACCGAUGAGAACAUGUCCGAUGGCCGGAAUUCGAGGAGCCGAACGUCAUCUCCGCACUCGCAUAAGAUCAAAUUGAAAAGGCACUCUGAAAUCCGGUCAGAGAGUCGUGCAACAAAACGAGAAAACGACGACGGAGCCAACGAGAGAGAACGGUGGGCGGAAUUUAAGGUAAAAAGAAGGAGCCACGAUCCGGCAUCUAGUUCUAAUAAUAAUAAUCCUAGUGCCGUUUCAGAUUCCUUAUUCGGUUCCGCAACAUCCACAACGCUUUUGGUAACGAGAGAGAUUUAUAUGGACUCUGAGAGAAAAAAAUCUGAGUAUCGUGAAGAGGAGAGAGUGCUUACUCGUGACAGUGUUGAAUAUUCGAGCUUGGAAGAAAAAUAUUCGCGUAUUCCUAAUAUUACUUUAGAUGAGACACGAUUGUCGGAAGAAAGUAUGGAACAAAUUGGAUCCACGUAUGGUCCACUUUUACCGCCAGGGUUUGUAUCUAAUACAUCCGACACUGACGAACUCGAUUCGAAGACGUCAAAUAUAAACGACGAAAAUAAACUUAAUGACGAAGUCGAUAAAGAACAAGUGAAUUUUAUUGGACCUUGCUUGCCACCUCGAUUAAACGAGCGUCGAAGCGUGGAGCAAGAAGACGCGGCGGAAGCAGACGCUGUUUUUGGACCAGCACUGCCACCACAUUUGUUACAACAACAAGAAAACGAUUCACGGGACAGAAUUAUCGGACCUGUACUACCGAGUAUUGCGAAAUCGCGUGACGAAGAUUUUACCGCAUCCCCGAAAUCCGACGACGAUUGUGCGAUUGGUCCCCUACCUGUGGAUCAUCCAGCUUUGAAAACUAGUCUCGUACACGAACAGUUAGAUUUAAGAGCACAAAGGAUUAGAGAUGAAAAAUAUCCGGAAGAGAUUGAUCUCGGAAGUAAACGCGAGGAAUGGAUGACCGAGUUACCUCCUGCUCAAGCUGCUAAUCUUGGAUUAGGCCCGCGCAAAUUCAAACUUCGAGAUGGCCCAGAUAUGUCAGAUAGAUCAUGCUGGACCGACACGCCAGUACAAAAAGCUCAGAAGCAAAGAGACUCGGAAGCAAAAAAAUUUAGAGAACCAGAUAAUAAACAUGUAAAUGAAUUUCACAAGAAGGAAGCACAUAAAAGUGAAAGGCACGAGAAGUCGCUAUUAGAAAUGCAUCAAAGUAAAAUUGCCAAGAAAAAGAAGAAAGAAGAAAAGGAAGCAAAACGAACUGGAGUAUCAACAAGAAGACCAUUUGAUAGAGACAUUGAUUUGCAAGUUAACCGAUUUGAUCAGGCGCAAAAGAAGACUAUUUUGAUGAAAGCGCAGUUGCUUGACGAUAGGUUUUCACGCGGACAAAUUUAACAUUCAGAUUCUUAUGGGGAUAAAAUUACAAUUAUAAUUGUAAAUAAUUGCAAAUUGUAAAAGAAAUUAGAUUCUGUAUGAAAUACAUUUGUUUGCGAGUUAAUUGUUUUAUUCAGGUGCAAAGAAUGAUGAAAGUGCAGUUGCUUGAUGAUAAAUUUCUGCGUACAAAUUUAACGUUCCAAUUUUCGGGGAUAAAGUUACGAUAAUUGUAUAUAAUUACUUUAAAAGAAUAUAGACUAUUAAAUGCAUCCAGAAAUCAGUGGGUAUUGAAUGUUAUUAAAGGUGCCUUGAAUUAAUCGAGUUCUUGCCACUUUGACUGACAAUUACAUAAAUGUUUUAUCAAGAAUGUGCACUGUAGCUUCGUUAUAUUCGUGCCUUCUAAUUGUAAUUUUCUACAAUGUAAAACAAUACUGUCGAAGUCAACUAAUUUUCAUCCUACCUCGAUUUUACCUUCAGCUUCUCAGCUUUUUCGAAACAAAUACGUUAUUAACGAUUGCGUCGUUAUUACAAAUUUGAUUUCAUACUUAUGUUUAAUAUAAAUGUGUAUUGUUUUAGAUAAAAUUUUUCCAGCCGUAUUUUCUGCACAUCAAGUUUCAUAAUGUGCAAGGCAAUGAUGUACAAGUUACAAUUGGAUGAAGAUUUUAUAAAUAUUGUAUGGUUCGUGGUGUAUAUAGCAUUGUUGUAGCAGGAUUUUAUAUGAAAAAUAUAUAUUACAAUCCUGCUAUAAAGAAAA